GGAGCGCGCAUAAUCCCCGAUUUGUUCCAAGUUAUGACAAAUGUUGCUGUUGAAACAGAGACAUUUAUUUCAGCACAGGCUGGGCAGAACCGUCCCGUCCUAAACCCGUCCAGACCGUGACAUGUGUCGACCUGCGCGGAUGUCACGAGAGGGUGACAGCUCCACAACAGUGUGUGUCCGAAGAGCUACACUUUAUUUUUACGUGUGGCGUCUCGUCCUGUGCUGCAGAUUAACGCCCUGCAACUAAGAUGAUGGACUUUUGCGGGAGGAGGCACGAGCGAGGCAGCAACUGGACCGACUCGGAGAUCGUGGAGCUGCUCCAGCUGUGGUCGGACGAGUCGGUCCAGAUCGAGCUGGAGAGCUCGCUGCGCAACCAGCGCGUCUUCGACCGGAUUGCGCACGUGUUGCGCGAAAAGGGCAUCUACCGCACGGGCGACCAGUGCAGGGAGAAGAUCAAGAAGAUGAAGCUGGAGUACCGACGCAUCAAGGACAACCACAAGCUGAGGUCGUGGAAGUUUUACGACGUGAUGGACCGGGUGCUGGCGAACCGCCCGGCCAUCACUUACUCCUCCCUGGGCGGAGCUGUCAUCGCUCAACAGGUGUUCCAGAGCUCCGGGGCACAGGAGGCAUACCUGCAGGGCGUCCCGGUGGGCUCCUUUGGCCCCACGUCCUCAGGUGGAUUUUUGUUCGGCCAGCCGCCUAAACCCGGGGAACAGCUGGAUAUCAAAUGUGAAAAUGUGGAUGAAAGCAUGCUGAACUCCGGGGUUGCUCCUCCUGAGAUGUACUAUGGAUCAGGAGACGAUCAGGACACAGAGGACACACUGGGCCAGGCGGGGAGCUCCACAAAUCCUAGGAUCUCCCCUUCAGGUUUCAGUGACCUAAACGUUGCUGGUUCUGGGGCGGCUCCCUGCCAGGCAGGUGGAGGUCCAUCAUCACAGAACACAGCCGACCAGCCCGUCAGGGAGCGUCCAGCCUCCCUGAGACAGAGGAAGCGACGGCGGGGCGGAAUGGCAUCCUGGGGCCACAGGGGCUGCAGAUACGGCGGUCAGCAGAGCCUGGACAAAGCCUUGGCCAGCUUCCUGAGCUGGCAGCAGUCUGCGGAGGAGCGGCUCCUCUCCCUGGAGGAGGAGCGACUGGAGAGGGAGCUGCAGGCCGAGGAGCGCAGGGAGCAGCGGGAGGACAGGAGGGCCGAGCAGGACCGCCAGCACGAGCUCCGCCUGUUCAGCAUGCUCACCGGCGCGCUGUUCGCUGUCAGACAAGGCACUCCGACCGCAGCGCAGUGCGACCCCUCCGUCUCACCCCAAGCUCCGCAGAUGACCACAGCUGCUCUGUCCGCCUCGUCAUCUUCAUCAAAGCCCCCUUCAGGAAGUCCUGCGGCGCAGGCCGCUUCCGCUCAGGAGAUAAAAGAGCCACAGCCGGCGUCUGUCACAACCUCCAAAACGUCUGAAAAUCUCCUGGUAACGCUGAGAGGCCCAAAGGCACCUGGCCAAAGCGUGUACCUGUCCAACCGUGGUAAUAGCAUUCGACAGCAUCAAGGCAUUCUGCAGGAGGGUUUCAUCCAGUAUGGAAUUGACAAAUACCAUGACACAGACAACCCUGAUGGAAUAAUCAACAUGGGUACCAGUGAGAACAAACUUUGCUUUGAUCUACUGCAUAGACGGUUGACCAAGCCUGACAUGCUGUAUGCGGAGGAAUCCUUGCUGCAGUAUUCAGACUGGAGGGGACGCCGUUUCCUGAGGGAGGAAGUUGCAAAGUUCCUGAGUCACUACUGCCGUUCCCCACGCCCGCUGGAUGCUGACAACGUUGUGGUGAUGAAUGGCUGUUCUUCCCUCUUCUCGUGUAUUGCUGCAGUAAUUUGUGACCCGAAAGAUGCCAUCCUCAUUCCUACUCCUUUCUAUGGCGUCAUCACUGAAGAUCUGGGUUUAUACAGUGAAGUAAAACUCUUUCACGUUCCUCUUGAGUGUGAGACAAAUGGCAAAGAAAGUCGACCUUUCCACCUGACUGUGGAGAAACUAGAACAAGGUCUGAGAAGGGCCAAGCAAGAGGGGUUAAAUGUCCGAGCCGUUAUCCUGAUGAACCCCCACAACCCGCUGGCCGAGAUCUACACCCCGCAGGACAUGACUGCCUUCUUGGAGUUUGCCAAAAGAAAUGAGCUCCACGCCAUCGUUGAUGAAGUGUACAUGCUGACGGUCUUUGAUGAAUCUGUCACCUUUCACAGUGUCCUCGGUGCAGACAGGCUGCCUGACCCACAGAGGACACAUGUAAUGUGGGGAAUGAGUAAGGACUUUGCAAUGUCAGGGAUCCGAAUAGGCACCCUGUACACAGAGAACAGAGACCUGGUGGAGGCUUUGGCACAGCUGGGCUCCUUCCACGGGCUUCCUGGGACCACCCAGCACCAGGUAGCACAGCUGCUUAAAGACAGAGACUGGAUCAGUGAGGACUUUUUGCCGGUGAACAGACGCAGACUGAAGGCCGCACACAGCUAUGUGACCGGAGAGUUGCUCAGUAUGGGCAUCUCCUACCUGAACAGUCCCGCCGCCAUGUAUCUCUGGGCCGACUUCAGAAAGUAUCUGCGAGAGUCCUCAUUCGAGGAGGAGCUGUCGCUGUGGAGGUGUUUUCUAAGACACAAAGUGAUGCUGAGCUGCGGCCAGGCGUUUUCCUGCUCCACGCCUGGGUGGUUCCGCAUCGUCUUUGCAGAUCAGCACCAUCACCUUGAGCUUGGCCUGAAGCGAAUUAAGGAGGCUCUGAAAGAGGCCGAGGCAAAACAGACAGGCUCUGAUUCACUCUCCAUCAAAGAGGCAGUUGAGGACGGCUCGAAGUCCGUGAAAGAGGACAGUGCCGAUUCAGACAAUGCCGCGACUGUCAACGCGGCGUCGACGCCCAACGGCAACUCGUCAUCCUGGCCGAAGGAGAAGGAGAGUCCUGUUCCUGCCACCGAGGAGUUUGCGUCGCUGGACUGCCAAGCCUCUAAGCCUGCGGAGGGUCUGGCCUCGUUGAUUGGUACUCUCAGGCAUCAGAUCGGCUCCUCCGAUUGGCUGGAGAAAAACACUCCGGAGCUGCCUGCCGGGGAGGACCCAGAAAUUCUCGACGUAUUCAAGGCUCUGCUGCAAAGAGCCAGAAAGUAAGCUUAGGAUAAAUGGGCAUGGAUGUAGCUGCCAGGCUUUGAAAGGCAGCACUUCAGCGUCCCGCUUGCUCCACUGCAACUCUGGUUAAAAGCUGAACACAAACGCCUGACAGCAGUUAAAGUAAGGGACUUGUUUUUGAUGUGUGGAAAUGCAAGAGAACCAUGUGAAGAACCAUAUGACAUUUGAUGAACUUUUACACAUCUUGAGGCCUUAUCGUUGGGAUCUUGCUUUUGGAAUGUAGAAUUACAAAUAACUUUAUUUACUUGAACUGUAUGCCAAAUAUAAAUCAGCCGGUGUUGUACUCUGAAAUCCUGUAGGUCGCCAACCUUAUGAAUUGUACAGUUUUACCGAGUAUUCAGUCAUAUUCGGUUUGUUUUAUCAGAAUGUAGUACUUCACUGAACUAUGAAUAAA